UCGACUUCACAGCUUAAAAUUAGAGGAACUGUACCAAAAAUACAAACCACACAGCCAUCCCUCUCUUUCAAAUGACUCUCCGGUCACGUUUUCUUGGCGGCGUAAAUUCGCCACUAUUGCCUGCGCCGUCUUCCCCCCCGCCGGGGAAGGAGUCUACUCCGCUAGACAACCAACCCCUCGACUCAGAUUUUAUAGUGAUACUCGCGGCGCUCCUCUGCGCGCUAAUCUGCGUUCUGGGACUUGUCACUGUUGCACGCUGCGCUUGGAUCCGCCGCAUUUCCGGUAGAAACGCCGCCGUUCCGCAGUCAUCUCAGGCGGCGGCCAACAAAGGCCUGAAGAAGAAGGUCCUGGAAUCGCUCCCGAAGCUGACCUAUGCCGCCAACGAUGACAAGAGCGGGAAGUUAUCCGACUGCGCAAUUUGUUUGUCGGAGUUCGCCGCCGGAGACGAGGUUCGAAUGCUUCCUCCGUGCGACCAUGGAUUCCACGUUGCUUGCAUUGACACGUGGCUUGAAUCUCACUCCUCCUGCCCCUCUUGCCGCAAAAUUUUGGUGAUGUCACGGUGUCAGAAGUGCGGCGGCUUGCCAGAGGCCGGGUCUUCCUCCUCCUCCGCCCCUGCCAAUCGUUCCGGAGCUGAGUCUGAGCCAAGCUGCAGGCGAAGAGAAGAUCUCAUCAACAGGAGGAUCCAUGGUUGAAUUGGCAGCUGAGAAUUAGUGACUCUUUGGUUUCUUGUGCAUAUUUUUGUGUGAAAGAGACGAUGGAAGAGCGGGAGAUACAUAAGUUGGCAAAGUGGAUUCAGCCCAAUUUUGAGAUCUUGGCUAAAUUCCGUGAGUGAAUGAAUUGGAUACCAUCUCUUUUCCAGAACAUAUAUACUCCCUCUGUCCUUUUUCGUCAAUCCUAAAUUGUAGAACUUCAUUGUUAAUAGUAUUAUUUAUUUUGUUUGUAAUAUAUCUCUACUUAACGUGACUUGUUAUCUUAUUAAUUACUUCUAUUUAAACAAUUGUCUCAGUUUGUGGUA